AUGUCCGAAAUCGCUACCUCCUCCCCAUCCACGUCCCUGGUCAACGCCAAGUGGGAUGUGGUCAUCUCGAACGGAAUUGUCAAGUCUGGUCUCGGCUUCGGAGCCGGCGUGCUCGCGUCCGUUCUCUUUUUCAGAAGAAGAGCAUUCCCAGUGUGGCUGGGCCUCGGGUUCGGUCUAGGAAGAGCCUACUCAGAGGGAGAUUCCAUAUUCAGAGAAGCCGGUAUUAGAGAAGUGAAGGCUUAG